CACACCUGGAAGUAAGGAACAGCCAGACAGCAGUGCCGGCAGACAGGUGGGCAGACGGAGAAUUAAAGCUUCACAAAUACUCGCCGAGAGACAAAGUGUAGCUUUGUUCUCAGAGGCACAGGAAGCCCAAACCAGGCAUGUGUUGUGGAUGUUUUACUCUGUUAUCUAAGGUAGAUAGGUGAUUCGCUGGGGAUUGGAAGCAGUUGUCUUUUUUUUUUUUUUUUUUUGAGUAGUAUAUAGCACCAGACAGCAGAGAGUUUGAAUUGACUGGCCAGCUCUGGAACAGGAUGACCUUUUGUUGUGGACAUUGUUAAAAAAAACAAUAUAUAAAAAGAAGAAGACAAGAAGAAGAAGAAAUAGCACCUAUCUCUGGUGGAGGAAUUCCGGCCUGUCAGCUAUUUUUGUUCCUGCCUUGCUUUCACUGUUUUGUGAAAGGAGACGUAAAAAGGAAGGAAGGGGCAAGCCAGAGAGAGAACGAGGAGGGGAGACAGACAUAUGCAGUCUGAACAUCUCGGCGAGUUUCAGUUGUUUUCGGAGGCUGCUGAGACGAGUACAAGUGACUCCUCAGCGAUCGCUCUUCUUCUCCUUGGUCCCAGAAGAAGUGAAGAGGCAACAUGGUUCGGUGGUUCCACAGAGACAUCACAGGCCUGCAGGCCGAGGAACUGCUGAAGUCUCGGGGCAUGCACGGCAGCUUUUUGGCUCGACCCAGCAAGAAAAACGUGGGAGAUUUCUCCCUGUCCGUCAGGGUGGGUGAGCUGGUGACCCACAUCCGCAUCCAGAACACGGGGGACUACUACGACCUGUACGGCGGGGAGAAGUUUGCCACCCUGUCAGAGCUGGUGGAAUAUUACACGGCUGAGAAUGGCAUCCUCCAGGACAAGGAUGGCACCAUCAUCGAGCUCAAACAUCCCGUCAACAGCUCCGACCCCACCACAGAGAGGUGGUACCACGGUCACCUGUCGGGGCCGAAUGCAGAGAAGCUGCUCAGUGGAAGAGAUGAAUCAGGGACCUUCCUGGUUAGAGAGUCGCUGUCCAAACCCGGAGACUUUGUCCUCUCCGUUCUGACAGAUGAGAUGGGCAAAAAUGGAGGAAAGAGGGUCUCCCACAUCAAGAUAAUGUGCCAGAAUGACAGGUAUACCGUGGGAGGCUCAGACAUGUUCGACACACUGACAGACCUGGUGGAAUUCUACAAGCGUAAGGGCAUCGAGGAGAUAUCCGGAAACUGGGUUUUUCUCAAACAGCCAUAUUACUCCACCCGAGUGAACGCGGCGGACAUCGACAGCAGAGUGAAACUGUUGGACCAGACCACAGGGAAGCAGCAGGAGAGUGAGGGGGAGAAGAGCAAGGCGGGCUUCUGGGAAGAAUUUGAUACUCUCCAAAAAUGGGAGGCCAAGGUGAAAAAGAGCAGAGAAGAAGGCCAGAGACCAGAAAAUAAGAGCAAAAACAGAUACAAGAACAUCCUUCCUUUCAAUGACACCAGGGUCAUCCUGCAGGACACUGAUCCGAAUGUCGUGGGCUCCGAUUACAUCAACGCCAACUAUGUGAAAAACACCCUGAGGGAAGCAGAUGACAAAAUUUACAUCGCCACUCAGGGAUGCCUAGCAACAACUGUCAAUGAUUUCUGGCAGAUGGUAUGGCAGGAGAAGACGAGUGUGAUCGUCAUGACGACGAGGGAGGUGGAGAAAGGGCGGAAUAAAUGUGUGCCAUACUGGCCGGAACUUCACACCUCUAAGGAAGUGGGACCUUAUGUGGUGACCUGUGAGUCGGAGAGGGAAGCUACUGAUUAUAAAGUGAGAGUUCUGGAGAUUGCUCCUCUGGACAAGCCAAAACUUUCUCGUCCUGUUUGGCACUACCAGUACCUCAGCUGGCCCGACCACGGCGUCCCUCAGGAGCCUGGCGGUGUCCUCAGCUUCCUCACUCAAGUGAACGCUAAACAGGAGGAAUAUCCCAACUCCGGACCCAUGAUCAUUCACUGCAGUGCUGGAAUCGGUCGUACAGGCACCAUCGUGGUGAUUGACAUGAUCAUCGAGACCAUUAACACUCUAGGUCUGGACUGUGAUAUUGACAUCCCUAAGUACAUCCAGAUGGUGCGAGAGCAGCGCUCUGGGAUGGUGCAGACUGAGGCCCAGUAUAAAUUCAUCUACCUUGCUGUGUCUCAGUACAUUCAGACCACCAAGGCCAAAGACAGCGCCUCCAUGGAAGCGGACACGGAGUAUGGAAAUCUACAACUCAAACACCAGCCAGCGAGCAGGAAGGUGUCAAAAAACGAGGAUGUUUACGAGAAUCUGUCAAAAGGAAAGAAAGACGCAAAAAAGUCGAAGUCAGACAAGAAAAGCGGCUCAGUGAGAAAAAGAUAAAGGAGGCCGGCAGAUCUUUUUUUUUUUUAAUCAAAGUAUGUCGUGUUAUAUUUAUGCAGGCACUCUUUUCUUGAGGAAAUCUUUGAAUGCAGGCCUAAUGUGAAGAAAUCAAAUGAAAGUUCAAAGACAAAAACAAGAAACAUCUCAUUUGCCAGGUGAAUGCUUACUGAUGUGUUAAAAAUAAAGGCAACGUGUACACUU